AUGCCGCUGUUUCCACUGUUGCGAGAGCAGCUCUCGGGCAGGGGGCGGCCCCACUUGCGUCGCGUGCUGCCCUGGGCGCAGUGCCCGCGGAUGACCGCGGCGGAGACGGCACAGCUGCGGGAGAUCAACGCGCUCUCCGCCGAACAGUUCGACCUGCUGCGGCGUAUUUUGUGGGCCUGGGAGCGCGCGGACCUCAACGCCCUGAACCGGGGCCUGCAGGACUGCGCCGCCUACUUUGACCCUAACAAGCCGCAUCUGCUGGCCUACUUUGUAGGACUUGGCGGCAUUGACUUGUUUGUCACCCUGCUCUGUGACGUGAACAUGCCGGUGCGACUGGACAAGGCAUCCUCGCGUCCGCUCGGCAUUUACGACUCAAAGACGCAUGCUCCCUGGCUAUUUCUUCGCGCCAUCGCGACGUUGAUGCGGGUGCUCACGGAGCUGCUCGUCUGCCACAAUGAACUGGGCUGGCACUACUAUGACCGCUACCCCGGGCUCUUUUUCAGGCUACUCGAGCUGGCAAAGGUGACGGAGCUGCGGCUGACCGCGCUUGUCAUGCUGGAGCACCUGGUGCUGAGCGUGGGCCCCGUGUUGGAGAUAUCAAAGGUCCCGGCGCUGCAGGAGCUGAUCCGCACCAAAGACGACGCAACGUUGGCUAUUUUGUGCCGCGUCAUCGCGCUGCUUAUUGUUCCGGGGGUGGUGUUGAAUCAGCAUCAAUCCCCGCACCAGCGUCUCGUCUACCCUGAAACGCUCCUGCCGCUGCGGCGCAUCCAGCGGGUCAUUGAUAGCAACGUUCUCUGGUUGAUCGGGGAGAAGGACCUUGUGCGGCGGCUGGUGAGGCUGUGCGAGGUGCGUGGGUCCGGCGACCCUGGCGCCGCGAUGCGGACCGAGCGCUUGCCCCACUUUCUCGACGACUCUCUCUUCGACCAGCUAGUGCGGGAGUUGUCCACCACCGCCAUUGCCGCAAUCCCGUCCCUGAUGGGCGUAGUUCUGCCCGCGAACGCGUUAGAGGACUUGGACUUUGGGCAGCGGGGGCAGGCCGCCUCGCGGGGCUGGGACCGCAGCAGCAGCAGCAGCAGCAGCAACAACAACAACAACAACAACAGCGGCGACCCCGCAGGCUCUGCGGGGUGGGGCCCGGCGGGGGACUUCGGGGGCGCCUCGCCGCAGCUGCGGCUGCCCGCCAUGACGACCCAGUGGACGGACGACGACUCCUCCGCCGACUCGGUCGAGCCGGCCGGCUCCAACGUGGACUUUGUCUGGUUCGUCGGCUGCGCGGACGCCAAGCAGCGAUGGCGUCUGCGUGACCUGACGCUGCGGGAGGAGGUGGACGACAAUCGCCCCAUGCUCUCUGGCUUUGGGCCGGUGACGGAUAGCAAGGCGUACGAGGCGUUUUGGAAGGAGAACCGCGCCUUCUGGCGCUUCCUCGCCCCCGUGCUGCAGAACCCAACGGAUUCCUACAGUCCACAGGUCAUCGUGGGGGCGCAAAGCGAGAUUCUCUUUGUGCUAAACCUCAUGCUCUCUACCUUCUUCUUUGGGGACGUCUGGUGCACGCUGCGGGAUUGCCACUGGAUCAGCGCCGCAAGCCGGUUUUACGACUCAGCUUUUGAGUUGCGUGCCCACCAUCGCUCCUUGUCGCCGCAGAUGGAGCAGCUGCAGCGGCUGUCGGGGCUUCGCCGGUUCCCACGCUUCCUGCCGCCGGGCGACGACAGCGCGGAGGUGGUGCCUGCGGAGGCCGAAUACGGCGGACAGUCACGGGAUGACGAGGCGGAGGAAAUGCAAAACGGUGCAGCAAUUGGGGCUCAGCACGAGGGCAUCAUCCACCAACAAUACCACCACGGCAGCAGCAGCGACGAUGGGAGCAGCAGGCAUGAAUGGGAGGGGUGUCCUCCUGCGCUGCAGAUGGGCGAGGAUAGCGAGGCGUUUAUUCGUUCCUCCACACACCAGGGAAGCCUGGACGAUGAGGACGGGUUUGACGACAAGAACCACCAGCACGACCCCAGCACGAUUCGCAGGCUGGAGCUUUUGCGCGGCGUGCAUGAGUUUUGGAACGCGCAGGACCGUCGCGAGUGUUCCAUGCUACACGAGGGCGACACCGCCAGGGAGUCCGCCCCGCUUGCGCUCAAAAUUGCCUUGACGUUGGCUCAGCAAAACGAAGACAGCUGCGUGGAGACGUCGGCGUGUCAUGCCCUGGAGGGGUAUUUGCGUGGUUUUUCCUUUCCAGUGCAUAAGAAGAAUGCUGCGGAUGCCCCGCAGACGGUGCUAGGCAAAGUGCUGAUGCGCUCUAUUCUUGAGCACCGCGUGUACAAUGCGACGUACAUGCCGGGCCUUAGUGGAUCGCUUUCCCCCUCAAAGCGGAUAGACAGCUUCUUUGCACUCCUCGGAGAGCUUAUUCGCUACCACCACGACAACCUCACACUUCUGCAAAACUACGUGACAGGGGCGGUGGAUCUGCUUCACCUCAAUAACCCCUCCACAGCAUCCUCCUUGCAGCUUCACCCGCUGCACGCGACUUCAGAGCGCGUGGAGCAGCUGCUGCGGCGGCCCCCGUUGGAUCGGGGGGAGCAUGAGCCAUUUGCGAAGGUGCUGCUGCGGCGCAUGCAUCGUCACGGGUGUGACACAAACCUCUUCCUGCGCAGUCUGCUGCUUUCGCUGACCCCUGGACUGCGCUCCAAGGUGAACUACGUCUGGAAACCAGUGACCGCCGCCACGGUGGACGCAAAGGACUCGCUGGACGGCGUCGCCCGCAUCGGAGACGUCGUGACGGGGCACCCGGAGCGCCUCAACUACAUUGGAAGGCACUCGCGACGCUUCGUCGAGAUCCUUAGCGAGAGGCGGCAGCCGGCGAGGGAAACCUCCCGCGAGACUGGCGCCGUGGGAACAGGGCGUGAGGCUUCCGCCGCUGCUUGCGCGCCCCCGACCACCUCCGCUGCGAAUUCCGCGCUGUCGUUGUGGGACAUGCUGCAGAUCCUCCUGCGCUCUCCGCACCGUCUCGCACUGGAGGCGCGCCCGUUUCCGCGCUUCUUUGAUGAAAAUGACCGGGCCCUCAUCCUGGCCGAGGUAGAACUGCCUCCCAUCGGUCCCCCACCGCAGUUUUCGCUUCCACUCUUCCCCGAGAUGGCAGCUGACGGCGAGGACGACGGGGGUCUGAGCUCGCUGGCGGAGCUUGAGCGGGCGCUACUGCAGGAGCCACACAAGCUGGUCUACAGCAUGCUGGGUCCACUGAAUGCGGAGCGAAUUCAGAACGCCGGACGCCUCUGCGUUGUCACGACGUGUGUGUUGGUGUUCGUUCGCGCCGCCCGCUUGGGUGGGGAGGCCGCCGUGCACGAAAUCCUGCGAGGGCUGAAAACGCUGGCGAAGGCAAGUUACGAGAAGUGGAAGGAGCAACGCAAUAGCCUGCACCACUGCGCCAAGAGGUGGAGGCAGCGUGGGAAGCCCCCCAGGGGCUGCGCCGUUCGGCCACCCAGAGAGGGUUCUUGCUACUGCACGGCAGGCGACGGGGCGGCGCGCUGCCCCGCCUUUCUAGUGCAUGGCCACUGCGCCCCUAUGAGCGCCAGUGAGGCGUACUAUCACCGCUACGGGGGUUGCUUUUUCCGCAACAUGUUUCGCCUCCUGUGUGUCUGGAUUGGGCACUACGGCGCCUGCCAGCGGUACGUGGAGACAAUCUACUACUGCACGGAGGUGCCCUUCGCGGAGACGAAGUGCGUCGUGUUGUACCUGAUGCGUGUACUCCCGGACUACUUCUUGCCGUGA